CCUCCACUCCAUAGCUCGACGAGAGCAAUCCAUUCGUUGUUGUCGCCAUGGAUUACUCUGCUCUGCCAAACGACCCAGAGAAUCCAGGCGGUGGUGACCCUUGGGCUUCCUCUCCCCAGCAUAACAGGACAUCAUUCGCACAACCUCCCACCAGCGACAUCCCGUCCUCCCCACUAUCUCCCCAGGCUUCCUCGCCUUAUACACAGCAAUCAGACCACUAUGGCUACAUAGGCGACCAGGAUACAUCCAAUCGUCCGAGUACAGCUUCCGAGCAAGGCGACAAUGCAUCUCAAGCUCCGGCUACCGCACCCCAAUCCCCCCGCAGACAGCAGCAAGCUCAGGCGCAUGGGCAGCAGGGACAUCAACAACCUGCACGCUAUCAUGGUUCACGGCAGCAACCCCAGCGUCCCCACUAUAAGCUUCAAGCUAAGAUUACUGGACUCGAGCGGACGGGCCGCAAAGACCCUAUCCUUCGUUUCGACGUAUAUACUAACCUCCCUAAAUUCCGCACCACGCAAUUCCGCGAUGUUCGUCGUUUACACUCCGAGUUCGAAAAGCUGGCCGAGCAUCUGAUAUCGGCGAAUCCUGAAGCUUUUGUUCCCGCUGUGCCCCCGGCAGCCACGUCCGCAGGUGUCGGAACCGAUGAGGACGAAGCGCGCGUAAAGGCAUCAAUGCAACGCUGGCUCAAUGUUGUCUGCAGCAAUGAGGUUCUGAUGAAGGAUGAGGAGAUGGUAUUCUUUGUGGAAAGUGACUUUGGGUACAGCCCUGUGGUGCGGAAGAAGCAACCAGCUACUGGCGUGCGUCGCAAGGUGAUAAAACAGUUUGCACCUCCGCCAGACGAUACUCCCGAACUUGCUGCAGCCCGCCCCGUCGUCAAAGCCUUCUAUCUAGGGGCCAUGGAGACAGGACAGAAGCUGGAUAAGGUUGUCAAAGCAAGACGAAGCCUUGGUCUCGCGGAAUCCGACUUGGGCGCCAAAUUCGCACAAAUGCAUGUGCAGGAAACGCAUCCAGGGCUUAGUAUGGCUUAUCGUAAGUUGGGAAAGGUCAUACAGGCCACCGGGGAUUUCCACGCCGCACAAGGUACUGGUGAAGCGACAACACUUGGCGACCCUCUUGCGUAUCACAGUAAUGAUGCAUUCAUCGUGAAGGAGACGCUGACUAACCGUCACUUAAUCCUCCGCGAACUUUUGCAGGCCCAAUCUACGACCCGGUCCAGAGAGUCGGCGGCGGACAGAUUGAGAGCAAGCUCUAAUGUGAAUCGGGCCAAGGUCGAUGAGGCCAUCGUUCUUUUGGACGAAGCACGAAGCCAUGAACAACAGUUAUUUCAGAAGUCACAACGUGUAACUUCGAACCUUCUUCAGGAACAGAGGAAGUGGUUUACCCGGACUGCCGCAGAGAUGAGGGCUGCAAUCCGGGAAUACGUUGUUCGCCAGAUUGAGUGUGAACGCCGAACCCUCGCUACCCUGGAACAGGUCCGGCCCGACAUCCGUGCUAUUGAUGGCAGUGGUGGCCUUUCUCGACUGGGUCGAGAGGCUCAUCCUGCUCAACGUCGCGCCUCUCUUGCAAGUUCCCAAGGCCCCAAGGGCGACGCUUGGUCGGGCGUUCCAAGGAAGACCAACGAUGGACUCAAUCGGAGUAUCAGUGGUAGCUUUGCUGGCGUUCCAGGAGUCCCAGAAGAGGAGGAUGAAGAAGAGGAGGGCGCCGGUGGCCGGAAGCGAGCAACUAGCAAGACGGGGAGUCUGAAGGGGUUAGCAGAAGAAGAUGAGGACAGAAUCGACGCAAAGAACGCCGCGCAAAGGCUUGCUACUACAACCUUCUAGUAAAAGGCCGAGGAUGCAACGGACACCCUCCCUGGUUUACUUCUGAAUUGGACGCUUCGUUAAGGAAUCUCAAGGUCAGGAUUUGUGUCCUUGGAGGACGGUAAGCGAACAAUUGUGGUAGCUCAUGGAGUGGAAAUCACAGGAUACUCGGGGCUUGCACGGAGCAGAUGGUGGAGGGAAGAACUUAGCGGCCACAUCACCACUCAUGAUACCAAUUCGUAGACUGUUCGUCUAUUGUUGACAGUUCUGCAAUUGCGCUGUGUUGAUCGUUCUAGCUCUCACUACUGACGUGUUUCAGUCUGUCGUUGGGCGGGAGAGGUCUCUCUACACGCAGUCAGGUCAAUCGCUCACUUGGUUAUCAAUAACAAGGCUCAUCAUCAAAUGCGGCUCCAGCAGCUGUCCUGAUUCGAAAGGCACAGCAACAGAUAUUCCAG